AUGCAUGAUCGAUACACGACUGUGAAUCAAUACAGUUUCAUCAAGCGUCUGGCCGCAUUUUACGAGCAGAUCAAAGACGCCAACACGCAAGCAAGUGGCGGAUUUUUGGCACCAGAAGCCAUAGAAUUGGUAUCACGGAUAUGGGACUUUAUCCGGGUUAGAAUGAAAGGACAAACCGCAUCGAACGUCUCAACAGAUAGGCAAUCGGUGGAUGAAGUCCAGUAUCAUGUCGACGCGCUCAUGAGGCUGACGGAAGCCAUUGAUAAGGCUCAUCCCAUUGCGCUGUUUGGUAUAGCGACAUUCGCAUUUUUCGAAGUGUGCGACGGCUCGUUUGGAGAAUGGCAAUGCCAUUUGAACGGGGCGCGGUCAUUGCUCGAUUUUCACUGCCGUAACAAGGCUGAUCUCGAUCGACUGUCGCAUGAACUCACUGGAUUAAACGAGAUCGUUGCGCAUCUGGUGUGGUUCGACACGAUGGGCGCCAUCAUUCGGGGUAGUAAUGGGUUGAUUUUUGACGACUGGCAUCGCGAAACCUUGAGCGAAGAGUUUUUCGCCAAUGUCGGAUGUCCGGUUGACACUUUCCAUCUGUUUGUGACCCUAGCCAAGGCUGGGAAUCACAUCAACACUCUAGAUCUCAGUUUUGAAGCUCUCGAUCAGCUUUUGCUUAGAGCUGAACCUGGAUCCAGCGACAUGACACUUGUCGAAAAUGCAUGGCGGUGCACAGCUGCUAUCGCCAUUAUCAGUCGGAUCGGCGAUGCUGGGUCGUUGUCGCGACGCAAAGCCCUGUCGACUGCAGUUGACCAAGCAUGCAGAGUGAUUGCCAUCAUGCCGCCCACCUCCGGGAUCUAUAUUCACCUGGCAGCGACAGCCUACCUAGCUGGUAUGCACGCCACACAUCCCCGACAAUGCGAGAUUGUACGGGCUUAUUGGCGCCACUGCCGUGCUUCCGAUUUCCCACGAUACCCAGACGGACAAGCCAAGUGUGAGGCGAAAUGGCGAGCAGAGGGACUGGCAUGA